GGUUGUGCCGAAUGCCAUUACGCCUUGGUAGAUAGUCCUGAGCCGGUCGACUCGGCAAGCACACAUCCGGUGAUUCGCUGAAGAUGAGCCGCUUUGCUGGCGUGUGCGGCCGCCCAGGCUUCCGGAGCGGCGAGAUCCACAGGACAGGGAGUGCAUGACAGAGGCGGAUCACCUUGCCUUCAUGCGCCGCACCCUGGCCCGGAACCGGGUGCAGAGCGCCCAGCUGGAAGCCCAGAAGCGGCAGCAGAGCCAAAUCCUCGCAGAGGAAUAUCGGCAACGCAUGGAGGAACAGGCAGCGCAGCGGAAAGAGGAGCGGCAGCGCACUUUGGCGCAGCUCAAGGCGCGUGCGCAGGCGAGCUCGCCCACGCCGGAGCCGUUGGAAGCGGAGCAGGACCCAGAGGUGAGCGCGCUGCUACAGCGCAGGCCCUCGCUGCGGCAGCGGCUGAGAGUGGUGCCUUCGGUGAAGUCCUUGAGCAAGACCUCCAGAUCCUCGAGCCCCAGGAAGCCCCGGGUGCCGCCAGCGCCGCGGCCCAAGGCGUCGCAGGCCAAGGAAGCGGAGGUCCCUUCGGCCCAGCAGCCGCAGAUGCCCCGAAAGGAGCACCUGCGUGCCACUCAGCACCAGCUGCUGAAAUCGUGCGGCGUGGUCAUUUACAAGCAGCAGAUGAAGGAACACUUCAAGCGGAUCGCGGAGGCAGUGGAGGUGGGCUAUGGUGCCAGCGCGGGCCUGCAGAAGUCCAUCUUGUCCAACCUCGCCAGGCCGGUGCUUUCUGAGCGUAGCCGCGCUCCCUAGCGAGCAGCUUCGCUUAGCUUUCGGCACUCCUGGGGUCCAUGUUGGGCGAACGUUUGGGUCAGCGUUUGGUACGCCUUUUCCGUUUGGGC